AUGACUGAACACAUCGACAACAAGCGAGUGAAUACUGAUCUUCGUUCUCGUUUCGAGUAUCUUUCCAAAUUUCUCAACUUCACGUCCAAUGAUAUCCAAGCACUCAACGCUAUAGCACCGAUACUUUUCCCACGCAUUCCAGUUAUUGCUGAUACCGUUUAUCGAAAGCUGUUCUCAUUUGACAUAACAAAACAAUACUUUUUUACUCAUCAUCAAGGCUUUGAAAGUACUUCAUCUCAUGCAGAUAUCGACGUCGCAUUAGAAAGUACUCAAAUGAGCAUUCGGAAAGAUAUGUUAAGUAUGUAUCUCAAACGUGUAUUAACCCAACGUGAAUGGAACGAUACAUUUUUGCAAUAUCUUUCUCAAGUUGGGCGAAUGCACACCAAUCAGGCUGGCUCAACAUCGAUCAAUGUUGAUUAUAUUCAUAUCAAUCUUUUACUCGGCUAUUUGGAACAUUUACUUAUCGAUGUGUUAUGGAAAGCAGAAAAUCUCGAUGAUGCAACGAAGCUUGCCAUGGUCACGGCAAUCAAUAAGCUAUUUUGGAUACAAAAUGACUUUUUCACAAUGCAUUAUUUACUGAAAACAAAAGAAGACCUCUCGUCAACGGAACAGAUCAGCAAAGACACUCAUUGCUGUUGUCUGAUCAACUGA